AUGAGCAUGAAGUCCAAUGUUGUAAAAUUACUACUCGUCACUUUCUGUGUCAGUGGAGUUGUCGAUGUGGAGGCACAGAGUUGUGAACCAGUUGUUGCCUCGAAUGAAGUGCAAAGUGUUGUAGUGAAAGGCGGUGUCUCCGGUUGCCAGUACCGUGUGUCGUCGGACACCGGUAAAGCGGUGAAGGUCUAUGUUAACGCUACCAGUGGAACCAAAUGCGUGAUUGUCACGAGCGGAGGGACUUCAGACAAGCUGUGCCCGUCAAGUGCACACAAUCAGUUGAUAUCUCAAGAAUCAAUUGAAGUGAGCGUGGAGUCCGGGGCCACAACUGCACAGACAGCGGCAACAGAACCAACUACAGUAGAAACAACUACACCUAAAAAAGAAGACAAGCCAGAAACUGAGGAGAAACCAAACCUCGAUACAAACGGGAAAGGCGAUACGCAGCAAGCACAAAAGAAGAAAGCCGAGGAUCCAAACGAAGCACCGGAAGCACCCGAAAGUUCCCAAAAACAAGCACCGGACCCAAAAGUACCACAACAGAAUGUGCCAGGUGCUAGUCCACUACUUCGAAGUGCAAGGGACACCUCCAGCAACGAUGUUACCAUAAACUACGUAUUGGAUUCUGACCAAUAA